CAAAACUUGUUUGCGGCCGUUUCAUGUUAAGCCGCUGAGCCUCCGCCCCGCUGACUCACAAUAAACGCUGCUGCAGAAAAGUCUGAAUGUUGCUCAAGGUGAUUGUUUGUGUCCUAAAAGCUUGUUCCCUCCCUGGCUGAGAUGAUGGGACAUUAAUGAGACUCGCUGCCUCUGUGACGAGGUAGCAACGGUGCAACAUGUGAGAAAACAUGAAACAACACAACACAGGAGGAAGCUUGAGUUCUUCUCUCGGCUGAUAGGUGGCCUUGUCCCGGACAAACCAUCCCGGCCAGCCCCGGUGCCGCGGUGUAUGAUGGGAAAUAUGGGAUCAGAAGACUUUUACUUUGAAGCUGAGAAGCGGAAGUGGCGGCCACGCUGACGCGAACUUGCCGCUGCGCUGUUGCGAUGACAGCUGAGGAGGAGGCAGGUGGAUGAUAUCCAGCCUCCAGUUUUUCACCGUCCCACCUGUCCGGCACCAAAUAAAGUCACAGUUACUGAGAGCGAAGAUGUCCGGCUGCGACUGACAGCGUCCACUUCACAAACACAAAUAACAACCCGAGCUCAGAGUGGAUACAAAGGACGGAACCACGCACCGGGAGCCCGGACUUAGCAGGUCCGUUGCUGUGAGAGCAGGAACCUCGGAGCAGGAGCCAUGUUGUCGGCGGAGGAGAUUCUGUGCAGCACGCAGCAGGUGAUCGCCGGGCUGGAGGCGCUGAGGGGAGAGAACCGCAGCCUGCUGGAGAGCCUGCAGGAGGCGGUGGAGAGCCGGGCCGCCUCCGAGAACGGCAGCGUGGAGCAGGAGAAGAGCGGCAUCAUCCAGCAAUCGCUGGAGAGCAUAGAGCUGGGGCUGAGCGAGGCGCAGGUGAUGAUGGCGUUGUCGGCUCACCUCGGUUCACUGGAGGCUGAGAAACAAAAGCUGCGAGCUCAAGUGCGUCGUCUCUGCCAGGAGAACCAGUGGCUGAGAGACGAACUGGCCGGAGCUCAGCAGAAGCUGCAGAACAAGGAGCAGGAGGUGGUGACGCUGGAGGAGCAGAACAGACACCUCCAGUUCAUGUCGUCCUUACGCAAAUACGAUCAGGAUGCGCCGCCUCUGGACGACAAAGACACGUCCUCCAACAAAGAGUCUCUGGACGACCUGUUUCCUGCCGAGGACGAGGAACAGUCACAGAUGUCCCAGCCUCACCACAGCAGCGCGGCGGCAGCAGCUCAGCAGGGCGGCUACGAGAUUCCCGCCCGCCUCCGGACGCUCCACAACCUGGUCAUCCAGUACGCGUCCCAGGGCCGGUACGAGGUCGCUGUGCCUCUGUGCAAACAGGCGUUGGAAGACCUGGAGAAGUCCUCAGGCCACACCCACCCAGACGUAGCCACCAUGCUGAAUAUACUGGCGCUGGUGUACAGAGACCAGAACAAAUACAAAGAAGCAGCCAACCUGCUGAACGAUGCGCUGGCGAUCAGAGAGAAAACUCUAGGAAUGGACCAUCCGGCCGUGGCGGCGACGCUCAACAACCUGGCGGUGCUUUAUGGGAAACGAGGAAAAUACAAGGAAGCAGAGCCGCUUUGUAAAAGAGCUCUGGAGAUCAGAGAAAAGGUUCUGGGUACAGAUCAUCCAGACGUGGCCAAGCAGCUGAACAACCUGGCUCUGCUGUGUCAGAACCAGGGGAAGUACCAGGAGGUGGAGGAGUAUUAUGAACGCGCUCUGCACAUCUACCAGAGCAAAUUGGGACCAGACGACGCCAACGUGGCCAAGACCAAGAACAACCUGGCGUCGUGUUACCUUAAGCAGGGGAAAUACAGACAAGCUGAAGCCCUUUACAAAGAGAUCCUGACCAGAGCACAUGAAAAAGAGUUUGGAUCUGUGGAAGGUGACGGCCGUCCCACCUGGUCCGGGACGGGGGACGAUGGCGGCGGCUGCAGACAGGACGGACUCGGGAACCUGAAACGCAGCGGCUCCUUCACCAAACUCAGAGAGUCGAUACGCAGGAGCAGCGAGAAACUAGUCCGCAAGCUGAAAGGAGUCGGGAUGGAGGAAACGACCCCGAGGAAUGCUGGGAUGAAAAGGGCAAACUCUCUGAAUGUGCUGAACGUCGGAGCCAGAGAGAGUCAGGACGGGGCCCAGUCGAGCCGGUUGGCGGACGCCCGAGGCCUGAGCUCCAGCACACAGAGUCUGACGAGGCGAGGCUCACUGGGUGGGACGAGCUAACGCACAAACACACAAACACACACCCUCUAAAUACAACACCUCAAAGACAAAUGGACACACACACACAGACUAAACACGCUGCUUCGCGUGGAUCGUAUCAGAUGUCAGAGAGGAUUCGCCGCUUUGAAUCCUCUCAGAAGUGUCACAAAUUAAGACUUAUUACUUUAAACAUGUUUUCUAUAUUCAUGAGAAAGAAAUAUAUUUGAUACAAUAAUGAUGAUAAAUGUCUCAAAGGGGUGCGGGUCCCAUACUGAAUCUACCUUGAUGUGUCUACGUUGCACUAAAACAUUUCCAUCCUCAUCACCUGAAAUUUAAUUUUCCCUCAUUCCUGUUAUUAGAUUAAAAAUUGUGCUUUCAAAUUACAACGUAGACGGAUUUAAACUAUUCCAUUUAAACCAGACAGUCUCAUUUGCAGGUCAAAGAAAGUAAUCUGCGCUUAAUUUCAGUUAAUUAAUUUCAAUUAACGUUAAUGUUUUUAAUUUUCUAAAAUGAAAUGACUUUCCAUUUUUUGAACCGUAUAAACUCGUUUUUGAAGCACAGGGAUGUAAAGUCGUUUGCACAAUGAUCAAAACAUGAGGCGUUCGUGAGCUUAUUAUCUUUACAUCUGGUUUUCAAGGGAAAGUUUAAGCUGAGUUUAUACCGUUGAUGAGGUUAUUUAUAAAUGUGAUAGAUGCGUUUUGCCUUUUUUUUAAAAUGUGACGGUCGUUCUAAUUAUGUUGUAAAAAAACAACAUGAAGACAAAGAUUUGUUUACUUCCGCUGUGUUGGACCACGGUACAGUUUUGACAUUCCACAUGAUUAAAAUAAGGAGCAACUAAAAAAAAACUAAAGCUAAGAAAUUCAUCAUGAUGAUUUGAACCAUUUAAAAUGGUUAAAUGGACACCAGCUCUACAAAAGGCACAUAUCCAACCUGUUAUAAACUGGAUAAUUUUGCACAUUAUAUGCGUUUGUAGUUUCUUAAUGUCAAUCAACUUUCCUUUACGGUGGUAAAUCAUCCAUCUCACUAACACAUUUUAGUAUUCACCCAUUCAUCCUUGAGUUGUCGACCAUCUCAUCAGAAACUACGUUCAAGCUUUCUGGAUACUUGUAGUCGUGUUGUGUGCCUGAGUGUUAGUGGCUGCGUUUACUUGGACGCUGAAUAAAAUGAUCUCAUCAGUUUAAUUACGGUUCAUGGGAGCUCAUAUUUUCUCAUUGAACAGAUCAUUUAAAAUGUUUACAUCACUUAUUUCAAUCUGAAAUAAAAUUCUGUUUUGGCUGAUAUGGUUAAUUGAAGAGUUUUUGCUCUGAUUAUUAGUAGAAAACCAGUGUCCAUGUAAAUGUAGCCAGCUUGGUCUGAUGACUACUCGCCUUUCUUCUACUUUUAUUUUCUAGUAGAAAGUAUCAAAGUCAUUAGCUGCGUUUCCGUUACAGUUUUCCGCUAAAUAAAAGCGAUAUUAAGAUUUAAAUAAAUCUUAAAUUUACACGUACAGUUGCUGUGUACGUGUUUCCAUUGAAAGGUGUUUUGUGAAUGAGCUGUAACUCGUGUAGACUCUUAUGGUCUCGUCACGCGAGACUUCGCUUUGAGGAAGUGGUCUUUAAAUGGACUGGUCACAUGACGACCUGCGUCAUAUCCGGUGACAGGAAAACACGGAAGUAGUGUUUUCAUUGCAGUUUUGCGAAAAACUUUUAUAUCGAUACGUCUGAAAAACCACCUCGUGAGAGCGUAAAAUGUUUUAGUGAUAUUUGAGAGGGUUUUCGAAAUGUAGGUGUCUCCAAUACCAGUUUUUUUUAUUGCGAUAUUUAGGUUUUGCUCAUUUCUGGGGGUAACGGAAACGCAGCAAGCGUGGAAGACGGUGCAGAAUAAACUACAAACAUCAGAGCUAAUAUGACGUUAUGCAAAGAGAUAAAUUUGAUCUGGCUUUUAUAAAUAAAUGACAAGAAAUAAAACUGAUGUCUCUGCUAACACAAAAGCAUUGGACAAGCUGCUAGUUUGUUCUGGAGACUUUCUACACCCCUUUAUUUUGGGAGUAGCUUAACGUAGCACUAACAAGUGACAACUGAUGUAGCCCACAUUCAGAUUUCAUUUACAUCUGUGCUUAUUCACUGAAAUGCCUAAAAUCCACAAAAAAACAUAUUCUAAACAGUUGUAACUAACUUUUAAGGACACUUAGGUUCCGUUGUGCAAAUUGCUUCUAGUUGCUAAACAGCCUCAAACUCAACAUCCAUUUUAACUUUGGGUAUUAAAUAAUAAUAGACAUAUUUUAAUACUUGUGAAUGUUGAAAAUAAUAAUUUAAAAAAACAGAUGCAAAUGAGAGCACUGCUUGGAAAUAUUGGAUUCUUAAAAAUUACUAUUUUUAAGAAUUAACACCGGAUCCUCGUUUUAUCCAACAAAACUCCUCUUAGGACUCAUUUCAUUCCGUUUUAUUCCGUUUGUCCAUCGUGGACUUACUGUACAUUUGCUGUGGUAGAAGAUGUCACUGUUUGUUUUUAAGGGCUGAAGUCGCACCAUGUUAGUCUCUGUAGAAGCUACAGUCUGUUACCAGCUUAAUGAAGCACAUGUGAGAAUGUUACAUAUAAAGGACGGGGUCAGAGGGGUGAAGUAGAAGUUAUUCUGAUGCUGUUUAUUCUGAUAAAGAUGAAUGUUUGUGUUUUAUAUUUGCAAACUUGAGCUGAAAUAAAUUUUGAGAAGACACUGAAA